AAGGUAUUUACAUCACCAGGAAGAGUUUGGUCUCCCUGUUCCAGGGCAAUGAGCAAUGGAUAUUCAGGAUAUGAGUAAUAGAAAUCUUGAGUUAUUUUACUUUAUAGUAGUACCACAUGGAACUUUGUCCUGAGCUUGAGACCUCUAUAUUUCACUGUCUAUGGGAAUCCUGUCUUGGAUUUCUGAGGGCACCUGUGGGCCAAAUCAGACACUGCCUCUUACCAGCUUAUGAUUUUUCAGUGUAAUCCCAUCACCUAGAGAAUAAGACCCUACACUUAUUGUAUAAUGCCCCUUACAAUCUGGCCUAAUUUCAAUUACUAAUAAUUCUCUCACACAUUACAUUUGCAUCUCCGUGUUUCACUCUUUACAUGAGACUCUCUUUCCACCUUUGUUGCCUGAUGACAUCCUAUUUACAGAGGAUUCUGCUUAGGCAUCUGCUGCAGGAAGAAAACCUUCACUGAACCCUACCACUGUCCUAAAUGUCCUCAAGUCUGUAUUCUCAUAGUAUCCUAUGAGUUUCUCAAUUUUUUAUCACAUCCCAUUUUAUAUUUAAAUGAUCUAUUUGUCCAUCUCUCACACUAACAAUCCAAGCUGGGGAAGGCUGGAUCAGAUCAUACUUACCUUUUGCAUCCCUAGUGCUUAGAUCAAUACCUGCAAAGAAUAUUUCCUCUUUUUUUUUUUUUUUUUAAUCCAAAUGAACAACCUCGACUUUCUUCUGGUUGGUUAUGUUCUGAGAUCCUGUCAUGGAACUUGGUCUUUUAUCUCAGAAGUUGAAGGUUUUCAUAGAGCCAGCUGCACAGUUCCCAGAACACUAACAUCACCACAGCCAAUUACCAGGAGCGGGCUGCCCUGAAUCGGUCUCCCAAAACACAAAGUCCAGGGCUUGGAGAAGGAGCAGGAAAAGAACAAUGGAAGCUGACCAAUCCAGACUCCUGUUUCUAUUAUUUCUUUUCACAUGGAGACUAUCCCCAGAAGUUGCUGCAGAAGUUCAGGAAUCAUCAGAGAACAUUUUCAGGAAAUGGAAAAUGGAUAAAGACCUGUGUUGCCCAGUGGAGAAAAGAGAAGUCUAGCGUCGUCCUUCAGAGAGAAACCAUAAGGUGGAGUCACCCUCCAUAUGUUAGUAAAAUAAUAAGGCCUUGGGAUGAUGACAGUGCCCCUAGAGACCGUGAUCUCUUCAGCCAUAGUAUAUAGAGAAAAAGUAGAGAUGCCCUCAGCAUUUAGAACUCCUACCUUCCACUUGAUACCCCAACAUUUUCUCCUUCUCUCUCUCUCUCACUCUCUAGAUGGUUCUGCUUCUUCCCAGAAAACUGUGUCACUCACAGAUGUCCCAGCGACCAUGGAAUUCAUUGCUGCUGCUGAGGUGGCUGUCAUAGGUUUCUUCCAGGUUUGUCCAGGUACCCCGUUUCUGUUCCCCCAAAGAACCAGGAACAUCUUAGCUCAGAGCUGCCAUGACAGUCACCUGCUGGCCAGAUGAUACUGCACUAGAAGUCAAAGGGCACAAAGUCUGCUUUCAGCCUCUCAGUCGAGACCUCUCAAUUUCAAAACAUUCCCAGUCUCUGAAUUAUAUCUUUCUCAUACUUGCUUCAAGAGUUCUGAGGCUCCUCAUCUAGGAGUGCUUUGGAGUCCAUAUUGGGACUGCCAAGGUAGGCGCCAGAGUAAAUUCAACUUCUAUCAUCCAGGAAACACAGUAGCCAAUGGUUAAUCUCUGUCUAAAGCCUUACCAAAUAGGUAGUCCCUCAUCUUUCUAGCUCUUCGUUUGUUCUGAAAUGUUGAGAAAGGAUGACCUUUUGAAUAUUGAAGGCGUUAGCUGCCAUCUUCCAGAUUGGCUGCCUGGCUAAUGAAAGCAACCAUACACGAAAGGGCACCACUCCAGCAUUUUUUCUUUCUUUGAAGGUAACAUCUGGUUAUUCUCACAGAUCAAGCCCCUGCUCUUAUUGCAGACCUUCUUAUCCAUUUCCAUUAAUUAGUUACAACUCUCCACCACCCUGGCGAUUCUGUGUACACAGCUGGAAAUGGCUGCAAUGAGAUGCAAGUGGGGAAGGAAGACAAGGGAGCCCAUUUCUCUGCGUGGAGAAAUCUGAGGUGGAGACCACAGCAGCCACCUUCGGGAAGGCAACAGAAGUGGGAAUGGAGGCAUUUGCAAUAACUUAAGCAGCCACCAGACACCGUCCAUCAUUUGAUCCAUGAGUAAUUCCACACUAAGGAGAAUCAAAAAGGGGGAAGCCUAGAUUAGCAAUUGUUCUUAGCCUCGAAUGAACUCCACACACCCUUCCCAAGGAGCAAGAUACCAGCUCCCUCUGCUUGACCCCAGAGGGAAGGCUAGUCAGUUUCUUUUCUUUUUGUACUUCUCCCCCUCCGGCCCAGAAAGAUGUCAGAAAAGGCCAUGCUCCCUCCUGUUUACUGUCUGGAGCUGCUCUGGGCAAAGGUCCUGUGACUGCAGGGAAAAUGAUGGCAGCUUGUUAUGGAAGGACUGGAAUCUUAACUUAGACGUGGCUUCCCUGCUCCCUCCUGCAGGCCUGGGUUCUAGCGUUGGAACAACAUAGGAACAGGAUCUUUCACGGGCAAUACCUCAGGCUUAAUGCAGGAAAAGAAGACCGUUCUUCCACAUCCCGCACAAACCUUUGUUCAUAAAACUUGCAAGCUUCCAUUUUAAUUUCCUUUAUUCUUAUUUUUUUUUUUCCUUUUUGGCUCUUUGACAGCACCUAGUUCUUAUUUUUGCAUUUCUUCUUUCCUCCACAAAUUGUUCCCAAAACAUUUGCCUCCUCGGGUGGAUCAGUGACAGUGCAGCCAAACUCUGCAGGCCUCUCUGAUUUGGGGGCCCCUCUCUGCUCAUAAACUACAAGCUUUAUGAUAAGGCCAGACAAGAGUUUCAGGCUGAGCUACAAUUUUGUAGUUACCUAUUAGCCCACCCCGCCUGGAAAAUUCAACAAUCCCACUGCAAAUUUAGCCUGCAUUCUUAGGGGUAAAGGUUUUUCACCUGACAAUAAAUCAAGUCUAUGAUAUUUUUAGAUGAGUGAGCACAUUUCUAUUCCCUAUUCUCUAUGUCUCUCCUCUCUAACAUAAUCCCUGUGGGUUGUUGUUGUUUUUUUUUCUCUCUUGUUUUUCUUAGGAUUUAGAAAUACCAGCAGUGUCCCUAUUCCAUAGCAUGGUGCAAAAUUUCCAAGAUGUGUCAUUUGGAAUCAGCACUGAUUCUGAGGUUCUGGCCCACUACAAUAUCACCAGGAACACCAUUUCCCUCUUUCGCCUGGUAAGUUGGGUGGGCUUCUCGAGGCUUUUUCCAGUUUUUCCUUAGGUUAUAGAUUCAUGAACUUGUGAGCGUGGAAAGGCUCUAUGCCUUUAACGCUAAUGAUGGUGCCAGCGACCGAGGAGUCAGGGACAGUGAUGACAAAGAUGGUGGCUCCGCUCAAGCUUCCCAAACAGGUGCUGUCAUGAGAUGGAGAGAGAACUGGACUGAGCAUCAAGAGGUGGAUAACGAAAAACUGGAUUUAGAGAGCAAGGACAUUGAAAAGAUUGAUGCCUCCAAAUUAAGCCGUUUCAUUGAGAUCAACAGCCUCCACUUGGUGACAGAGUACAACCCUGUGAAAGCGAUUGGCCUAUUUAAUAGCGUGAUCCAGAUUCAUCUUCUACUGAUGAUGAACAAGGCCUCCCCAGAGUAUGAAGAAAGCCUACACAGAUACCAGAAGGCAGCCAAGCUCUUCCAGGGAAAGAUUCUUUUUAUUCUGGUGGACAGUGGUGUGAAGGCCAAUGGGAAGGUGAUCUCAUUUUUCAAACUAAAGGAGUCUCAACUGCCAGCUUUGGCAAUUUACCAGACUCUAGAUGAGGCCUGGGAUACACUGGCCAUCGCAGAAGUUUCUGUGGAGCAUGUGCAAAACUUUUGUGACGGAUUCCUCAAAGGAAAACGGCUGAGAGAAAAUCAUGAAUCAGAAGAAAAGACUCCAAAGGCGGAACUCUGAUCUCUCCCUGAUACUUCUGCAUACUACUAAGUAUUUACAUGAAAUAAAAAAAGGGCAACUCAAACCUCAGAGUCACCAAAUAACAGGAUCGCCAGGCCUUACACACACGCGCACACACACACACACACACACACACACAGCUCUCCGUUUUGUUCCUUAAAAUCUCAUUUACUCUCCUUAUCUUUUCUUUUAAAUUGUCUACACUCUCUUACUGCCCAUCCAGUAUUCUUCUACACAUUCAUACCAUGUAGUCCCAUACACCCACAACACACGUCACUGAAGGGUGCCUUUAAGAGAACUCCUGUGAUAUCUCUUUGAAGUGGAGACAUUCCUGGAGGGAGAUUGUUCUGAUUUGUCAUUUUCUAGUGAAUCUGUACACGGCACAGGACUUACACGUACACCAUAGUUUCUGUUCUAUUAUGGUUACCAAGGGGUUGAAACUCCACUUUCCUCAUAAGCACAUGUCCCUCUCUAACUCAGGGCCAGGGACAAAAGGAAGGUCUUAAACACCUUUCUGGAAUUGUCUUUUUGCCAGAGUCAAAUGAUGUUUUCCAAGUCUCUAAACUCAGCCAAAACAAACCAUGUAAAAAUCCUAUGCUGGUUUAGUGUUCCUAACUCCCAUGUAAAUCAACAACCGUACAGUAAAUAAAA